AUGGUUAAGUCGUGGAAUCGGGACCACACGGAGAUGUCUCACUUGGUGCCGGGAGUCGAACCUACUAUCUUUCAUCUCGGUCGCAUACCGGUUUUAAUUAUCUCAAUAGAAUUUGUUGAAUGCGUCUCUAGCGGUGUGUAUAUGGUAUUAAAUUCACCUCUUAUUUGUAAGAGAGGUGUGAAAAUAGCAAUGUAUAGCGAACUGAUAUUAAAGUUAUACGGAUCAAAACGGUGUGCGCGAUGCAAUACCCAAAUCUCAGCGUCAGAGCUGGUGAUGCGGGCGCGGGACCUGGUGUUCCAUGUACAUUGCUUCUCGUGUGCACUUUGCAGUACCAGGCUCACGAAAGGAGAUACGUUUGGCAUACGAGAUUCGGCUGUAUACUGCAGGCUACAUUAUGAAACGAUGCCAGACUAUGGAGCCCACAUGCCCAUGCCAGGACCACCUCAAAUGUGCCCAGGCCCCUACGCCGGUCCCCCACAGGGACCUCACUAUCCUCCUUACCCAUCACCCGACUUUGCACGAGUCGAAGCUGAAGUUCCUAAAGGCCCAUUCUUCAAUGGCGCGACGGCACCUCCACCACGACAAAAAGGGCGACCUAGAAAAAAGAAGCCGAAGGAUCAAGACCUGAUGUCUGCUAAUCUUGAUUUGAAUCCUGAUUACCUCGAGAUGGGCUUCCGGGGUGGAGGUGGCCUGGGUGCCACCUCACGCACCAAACGAAUGCGGACCAGCUUCAAACAUCACCAGCUGAGAACAAUGAAGUCGUACUUCGCAAUCAACCACAAUCCCGAUGCAAAAGACCUCAAACAGCUGAGCCAGAAGACUGGUCUUCCUAAAAGAGUAUUACAGGUCUGGUUCCAGAAUGCUCGUGCCAAGUGGCGGCGCAUGGUGACGAAACAAGAAAACAAGAUGGCGGACAAAUGCUCACCGGAUGCAUCAAUGGAGAUGGACAUGUACCACGGCCCGAUGGGAUCCAUUCAGUCACUACCUCCACACAGCCCGCCGUACAGUGUUAUGGGUGGCCCGCCAAGUCCAAACUCUAUGGACUGUCCAUAG